GAAUUAUUAGCCAUCACUAUCUCUGAUCAUUAGGAAAGUAAUCAGACGUGGUCUAAAAGAAUGGAAAAAUCCAUUCGGAGCACGGGUGAUUACUGGACAAAAUUAUUGAUUUGUGCACUCAUACUAUUGACUACUCAAGUCCAUUGCCAUUUCAAUCCCAGAAUCAAUGUUACAUUUCUCGACAAUGCUGUCUCAACAGGAGCCGUUUGCCUCGACGGCAGUCCGGCAGGUUACCAUUACGAGAAAGGAUACGGGACGGGAGCCGAUAACUGGCUCGUUUAUCUUCCGGGUGGUGCAUGGUGCGGCUCAAAAGGGGAUUGCCUUGCCAGGACAAAAACAAUAGGUGGGACCACCGUUAAUGUUACAACCACUUGGUUCGGAGGAAUACUAAGUGCAGACUCACUCGUUAAUCCAGACUUGUACAACUGGCAUAGAACUUUUAUCAGAUAUUGCGAUGGGGCAUCAUUUAUGGCAGACGUGGAAGCAGUGGAUCCAGAAACCAACCUCCAUUUAAGAGGCGCCAGGAUUUUCCGUGCCGUAGUCGAUGUGCUCUUAGCAAAAGGAAUGAAAAAUGCCAAAAAUAUAAUACUUGCGGGAAACUCGGCUGGGGGAUUGGCGACAAUCCUGAAUUGUGAUCGCUUCCGGGCACUUGUACCCAAUGCCAGUAGGGUGAAGUGCCUUUCGGAUUCGGGUUUCUUCAUUCGGGCGCAAAAUCUUCCGGGAGUCGAGAAGAGAGAAAAGGGUUUUGCUGAUGUGGUUGCAUUUCAUGACAUUACAAAAUUUUUGCCCAAAUCAUGCACGUCGAGAAUGGACCCUAGUUUGUGUAUGUUUCCCGAAUAUCUGGUUGGAGAUGUCCAGACGCCACUCUUCCUACUUCAUUCUGCGUUCGAUCAAUAUCAGAUACAAUACAAUUUGAAACCUUAUCCUGCAAUAGAGCAAGGCUGGAAGGAAUGCACCAGCAAUACAAGACUCUGCACGCCUGCUCAAAUAGACUUUAUGAAGGAAUUUCGGACCACAUUCCUACAAACGUUGAAAGCAAUUCCUGAUUGUCCCUCCAGAGGAAUGUUCAUCAAUUCUUGCUACAUUCACGAUUUUCUUUUUUCAAGGGCAAGGUGGAAUUAUCAGGGGCCACCCAGUUUGGGAAAUAAGAUCAUCGAAAGGGUCAUUGGCGAUUGGUACUUUGAGCGGUGUUCAGCCAAAGCGAUAGAUGCUGAGACUGACCAUCCACUGAACUGUUUUGAUGCAUAAAUCAUCGGAGUAUGAAACUCAAAGAAAAAAAAUAAUAAAUAGUUACAUAAUUGUAACGUUUGUAUAAUGAAUGAUGUACUGACGGAAUUUUAUUAUAUAAAAAGCAUUCAUUAUACUACAUGGUUGUUCUUUUU